CUCUGAAAUGAAUAAUUAAACCACUUAACGACAAUAAUGAACCACAAGGAGUGGUAAUGGUGGCCAUGGCGAUGGUGGUUUCCUAGAGAGAGAGAGAGAGAGAGAGAGAGAGAGAGAAGAAGACCAAGAACCAGAAAAAGAAUCACACAAGUCCAACACGACACACACACACUCUGAUUCACCGAGUUUCCAUAUAAAGAGACAAGAAGCGUUUACUUCGGACAAGGAGACAUGCAAAACUAAUCUGGUGUCCUGUCUUCUUCACCGUCGGUCCAUCUAAUUCUCAAAAAAGGGUUUCUCUUCACUCCACCUAUCUCCUGCAUCUCUAGUCCCUUGUUCGAUCAGCUUAGAUGUUUAAUCUCUCCCAAGUCUUGCCCUUUUCGUUGUUCGAACUCUGGUUUAUCUCUCUCGUUGCGUGUGAUUGAUCUUGUUUACUGAUUUGCUAAUCUUUUCUUCUCAAGUCAACGCCUUUUUGCCCAAAACUGUAUAAAGUUUUCUUCAUCUUGUUAGACGUUAUGCAUCAGAUGAAUAAGAAAGAUUCAACUUUGCCGUACCUGAACACUAGCAUCUCAUGGGGAGUGGUUCCAGCUGAACCCCUAAGCAUGAAAGUGGUUGAUGCAAGGCCUGAACAUACCACAAAGCAAAUCAGUUUCCAGGACCAGGAUUCAUCUUCAACUCAGUCCACUGGUCAGUCUUACACUGAUAUUGCUAGUAGUGGUGAUGAUGAUAAUCCUUCCAGACAAAUCUCUUUUUCAACAAAAUCAGGAUCUGAAGAAACCCAGCAUAAGGGAUUUGCAACUCAUCCUAAACCAGGCUCCAUGACCGGACUCCCUAGUAUACACUUUGCUCCAACGCAGGCUAAUUUCUCUUUUCACUAUGCUGAUCCACAAUUUGGUGGUUUAUUAGCUGCAACUUAUCUUCCACAGGCACCAGCAUGCAAUCACCAAAUGGUGGGUAUGGUUCCUGGUCGAGUUCCGCUACCAGUGGAGAUCACUGAGACUGAGCCAGUCUUUGUCAAUGCGAAGCAGUAUCACGCAAUCAUGAGGAGACGGCAGCAACGUGCCAAGCUUGAGGCUCAGAACAAACUAAUCAAAGCGAGGAAGCCGUAUCUUCAUGAGUCUCGACAUGUUCAUGCUCUUAAAAGGCCAAGAGGAUCCGGUGGAAGAUUCCUAAACACCAAAAAACUUCUUCAAGAAUCUGAACAGGCUGCUGCUAAAGAACAAGAAGAAAGCAAAAAGGCAAACAUGUCUAGAUUUGAAGCUCAUAUGCUGCAGCACAGCAAAGACCGUAGCUCAACCACCUCUGGCUCAGACAUCACAUCUGUAUCCGACGCCGCUGAUGUCUUUGGACACACUGAAUUCCAGUUUUCAGGUUUCCCAAUCCCAACUCAGACUAACCGAGCUAUACUUGUUCAUGAUCAGUCCAAUGACAUGCAUGGAGGUGGGGACUUGCACCAUUUCUCUGUCCAUAUCUGAGACAUUGGAUCAUUUGGUGCUGUUUCCAUGUUCCCACCAAACGGGGGAAGUCAUCCUUGGCUACUACUACUAGUUCUGUUACUUGCUACUGUUUUCAUUUCACUUUAUGUAUGUAUGUGUUAGACAUCACAACAACAACCAAAAUCUUCACUUUGGAACACACUUUUUCACUUAUGUGUAAACUACUAGUUUGAUUUUCUUAUAAACUUUUAAUUGCUUUA